CUCAAUAACAAGAGACUAAACUUCUUUGUUCUUUUGUUCAAUGUCCUGCGUCCGGCGGGAUUUGCUUAGUCUAGGUCACAAAGACUGCAUGCUAACAUGAGCAAGAUUAGAAAGUAUUCUGUAUGUGUUGGUCGGGAGAAAGGUUUUAAGAAGACGAAAAACAUCCGUCCAAAGAAGCCCUCAAACAGAAGAGGACGUCUGACCAAACAAGCAAAGUUUGCACGGAGUCUGAUUCGUGAGGUAGUGGGCUUUGCACCAUUCGAGAAGCGUAUGCUUGAAUUGUUAAAGAACGAUAAGGAAAAAAGAGCACUUAAAUUCGCCAAACGACGCAUUGGUGGACAUAGAAGGGCUAAAAAGAAAAGGGAAGAGUUGAUGACCAUUGUCAAGAGCAUGAGAAUGAAAUAAUUCAUUUUAAAUAAAAAUGGUUUGUCUGUUUUUCUGCUUUUUUCCGCCAAGUUUUUCUCGUCGGGUGGCUUUUAAUGAUUCAAGUUUAUUUGAUGCACUAUGAAUAAAUAGCGAGAUAU